UUCUCUGAGACCGAAGUUUUGAUAAUUCUGUUAUUAAUUCACUUUCUAGGCUGACAAAGUGAGGCCACGCCUCUCCUCCUUCUAAUUUUUGGAUCAGCCAGAUCUCUGUACAGAGUCGAAGUAACUAUUUCGUGAUAACAGGCAUUCCCCUGCUUGCCAGGAAAUGCCAAUGCUUUAAUAUAAAAUCUAACACGGAGUCAUAGGCUAUGUGCUUGCCUUUGUUGGAAGACACACAUCCCAUGUUAUUACUUAUAAAAAGAAAAAAAAUACGCUGAGAAAAGAGCUACUAGCUGCAGACUCUGACCCGGGAUUUGAACACACACUUUCCACUCCCAAAGCCAGUUACUAAGCUUUGUGCAAUCCUUUUGGGAAUUCAGUAUAACCACCUUCAUAAAUAAGAGGAGCUCAAAUUUACAGGAAACCAUUUUUGGUUCCACUGCUGGAAGUAGAAUCUAGUAUCUAGCUGCUUGACUGGUCAGGGAAUUUUUUAGAUAUUCCAGCUUAAUGUGUCUGGUCGUGGGCUAUUUAUUCACCAUGUAGGGGGCACCUGAAUUCAACAGACUCUGUGCUCCAGGUCCCUGUCUUCUUUAGAAUCCUUUUCCAAGGUAUUUUAUCUCACAGCUUUUAAUUUGUAUUUGUUUUCUUGGAACCUAGACAGUUACUUUGAUCAAUAGAAUUAGCUACCCAAUAUUAGCUACUCAAUAUUAGCUACCCAAUAUGGUCUAAAACCCCAAAUCAACAUCUUUCUGCUGGUCAGGAAAAUGUGUGAACACAGUUGAGUGCACUGACUUUGUUCAGUGCUUGCAUUCCUAUUUUGGUAGUACAGAAAGGCAUUUUCUCUGUACAGUAAAUUACAGUAGCAUCAUCAAUAUGGAUAAUAACUUUGAUCAAUUUGAGUAAAAAAAAGAAUCUCUUAUUACCAGACAUGAGAAAAAAAUAAAAGUUUAACAGUUAUUAUUACCUCCCUGAAAAAAAUUCAUCAUCCUCCAUAUUGAAGCUACUCAUUUUCCACAAAAUUGAUUGCUAGUCUGUCAAUUUGUUUCAUUAACUUUAAAGCUAAAGUUAGAAAGAAAACCUACCUGCAAAGAAAGACUGAAAUAUGAUGGAAGAUUUUUAAGGAAAUAUGGUUCCAAACAAGUAUGCCUUCUUUCGGAGUUUUUGAAACAAGUCAGAGGAGAACAUUUGGUCUUGGGUCAGACAGCAUCAGUGUAGUCUUCACAAUGAUGUCAUGUUGUGACAGUGGAAUGAUUUCAUGUUGCUAUCUACCUACUUGUGACAAGAGCCAUUGCAUUCAAACCACUUUUCAGGUGCUUUGAUUCUUUCCUGCCUUACUGCUCUUUCCCAAUUUUCUCAGGAUUGCAUACUUGCACAUCUCUACAUGCAUCUUCCCAGUUCUAGCUUUCUCUCACUCUUUUGUUUUUUUCUUUUUUUUUUUUCAAUUAAUGAAACCAUCGCUUGAGAAAAUAAUAUAGAUUCUAUUUACUACUCAGUGCAGUAUAUUCUCUUGUACUUUUUGGGGUAACAUGAUCUUUUACAACCGUGAUGGCAAUUGCAGGUAACUCAUUGUCCAAAAAGAUUUUAUAUAACAAAUCAGCCUGCUACUGCAUUAAUUUGUAUAUGUUUCAUUCACUCUAUUUCUAAAUUUGCUUUGCUCCUCUGACCUGGCUAGUAAUAGAGUGGGCAGAAUUGACUUUCGCUACCAAUUGCUUUAUACUGUCCCUGGUGAUGCUGUUCCAGCAGAUAUCCAUUUGCCUCUGUUAUACAGAUUAUAAGUUAUCUUUAAAGAUAUAUGGCAGUUCUGGCUUAGAGGUGGUAUUCCCCCCUUUAGUAUUCCCAUUAAAAAAAAGAAAAACUUGUGCUUCUCCCUUUUCCUUUCAUCCAACUGGAGGCAUAAAAGGCAAAGAUCAUGGGUUAAGAACAAAUUACAGCAGUGAGAUAAGAGAACAAACAGUCACUGCAACGAUAUUAAUAAUAGAAGUGUACAAACCAGAGUGAUUCACAUGCAAAAAUGCUCACUGCAGACCCCAUGACAAUUAACACAAGGUGGCUUCUGCUACAUUUUCUCAACUGGAAGAAACCCCAUCUUGCCAGAAGAGAGUCCCUUUACCCUGCCCUGUCAAUGAUAUCAGGUCAUAGAGAAUAACCUUUUUGUCCUAGCCAUGCUCCUCCUAGCUACCACAAAAUUUAAUCCUGUCUUGGCCAGAACCAGAACAAUGACCAAUUAGAAACUAUAUUUUUGAAGCUGUUCUUACUUUUCAGAAACUUCAAAGACUGAGAAUCCUGUGCGACUUACAUUUUCCCAAAUACAGGCACUGGUGUUGCCUCACACAACUUGACGUGGGAGGAGGAAGGGGAGCUGGGGAUGAAGGAGUGAAGUUGAAGCUGGGAAGAAAAGGGGUAGGGAGAAAUUUAGCACAUAAAAGAAAUGAUUGAGUCAGUCAAAUUAAGAAGGCAGUGCAUGCUGGAUUUCUUCUCGCAUUAUGAACAUCUUUGUGAGCUUCAAGGCUCUCUCCCUCUGAAAGCUGUGAAGGCUAACGUGACUCGUGAUGCUAUUGAUCUCAUUGUGGAUCACAUCAAAGCUACUGAUUGGGCACCACUUCUGGAUGCUCUCAGGCAUAAUAAGACUUUGGCUUCUAUUAAAAUGAGAAGUUUACAUCAACAUGGUCUUGAAGAAUCAGGUGUUGAAAGAUGCAAAACUUACUUUAGAAGGAGAAUUCCAGCAACUCUGCCAAAAGACUUGACUGGCCAACUGUGCAAAGCUGUGAAAGGCUGUCUCAGUAUAUCAGAUGUACUAAAACAUUUAGAACUGCAGGGUUUGCUUCUGAGGGAAAGAGACCUAGCACUUUUAACAAAGGGCUUGGCCACAGCUUCAUCUCUGGAAAAUGUCUCUUUAGCCCACUGUCCAAUUGGAGAUGGAGGGUUGGAAACAAUCUGUCAGAGUAUAAAGAAUACAGCUACUAUCAGAUUUCUUAACUUCACAGCAUGUAGCCUCACGUGGCGAGGGGCAGAACAUAUCGCAAAUUUAUUAAAGCACCAGGCAAUAAGAAGACAUGGUCAAGCUUGGGCUGACAGCCUACGUUACAGGAGACCUGACCUUGAAUAUAUGACUGGUUUGAGGCGGAUUACUUUCAACUGCAACAUGCUUGUUGGAGAUAGAGGAGCAAGUGCCUUUGCGGACUGUCUAGGAGAGGACCUUUGGCUAAAAGCGCUUGAUUUGCAGCAGUGCGGAAUAUCCAGUGAAGGAGCAAGGUCAUUAUUAGAUGCUCUUCAAACUAACACAACAUUAGUGGUACUUGACGUAAGAAAAAAUCCAUUAAUUGGUCAUGGUCUAAUGAAAAAGAUAAUUGAAAGAGUUCUCAAGAAUGGAAGCAGUGCUGACUCAGAGUUUAAGUGGCUGAUGUCUCCGUCUUCCAAAGAUGCUUUGAAAACUAAGCCAAAGAAAAGAACUAUUGUCCUAGGAAGUGGUCGGAAAGGAAAAGCUACUAUUCGGAUUGUUAUCUGGAAGCAGAGAGGAUUAUCAUCUAAAAAAUCUGUAAGUCCUGGGAAGAAAAAUUCUACUGUGAGAGAGAGUUACUCACCAAAACCACUACCACCAGGCACAAAGGGCUUCCUUCCUUGGCGGACUGCAGAACGUGCAAAGAGAUACAGAGGCAGGGCAGCGGAUUGUGCUGGGGAAUUGCCAUUGAAGAUUCAGACAGCUGUACCUGUGAAAGUGACACUAGAACGUGCUUCUACAUCUGAAACUGAAGACACAGAAGAUUUAGAGGAUGUUGUCCAGCAGACUGGUUUGUUGAAAUCAUUAGAUGAUAAGACUGAUGUAGCACAAUAUCAACAGUUACAGUUGGAGCUGGAAGAAUGCAUGGAAAAACUAAAGGAAGAACAGAAAGCUAGAGUAAAGGCUGAGGAACGAUUACUAGAGCUGGAAAUUGAAAAUGCAAGAUUAAGGAGUCUAAAUAUCUCCCUAUCCGAGGUUCUUCAUGCACAGUCAGUAACCAACAUGAUUUUGGAAGAUGAAGGUGUUCUAGGCAGCAUUGAGAACUCUUUUCAAAAGUUUCAUGCUUUUUUAGACCUCCUUAAAGAUGCUGGGCUUGGACAGCUUGCUGUAUUAGCUGGGAUAGACCAAUCAGAUUUUGGUAUUUUGGGGCAUCCACAAAUGAAUGCUACUCUCAGUAAGCCUGUGAACGUGGUAAAGGAGAAGUCUUUUGAAGAAGAAAGACAGGAACAUACCGAGAAUAACAAAAACAGAGGUGGAGACAUCCAACUUCCUCUUCCUGGCACAUUUCAAUCCCAGAUGGUUGUGAAUAAUGCCUUUUCAUCACUUAAAGAAAAGAGAGAACUUCAGGCUGCUGGACAGCAGUACCAGUCAGGUUUGUGGAGGGAAAAUGAAGCUCAAACAAUUAACCAAAAUAAAGAGAAUAAUCCUCGAAGUAGUACUCCAGUAUUAUCUGAGAGAAGAGUCAAACAAAAUGAACAAGUAAAAGGACAUCACUCAGCAAGGCAGUUGGCUACCAGUCUGCAUUCAUUUGCUGAUUCCAGUGUACAAAUUAGAAGUGAUGAUAGCAGAAUAUCCAAUGGUAUUCCUGGUGAAAAAAGCAAAAAUUAUUCCUCUAAGAAACACAUUCCUCUAGCAAAUGAAACAGCAGCUCCAAGUAACGGAGUGAGAGGAGACAAAAGUAGACUGCAGACAGUAAGUGUUAGCUCUGGAACUGAUACUGUAGGAUCUGUCUCUGAAAUACAGGAAAGUAUACCAAGUGUUAACAGCAUUUGAAGUGGUUCUAAAAUGUUUGAACUGUUCUUUGCACUUGCAAGAUUAUGUUUUGGAUGUCUCAGUAUAAUGAGUGAAUUUUUUUGUAAAAUUUUGUAGACUUGGACUUUUUAAAGCAUUGCAUACUGCUCAGUAUUCCUGUUACAUGCUUACAUUCUUUGUCGCUAGAUUUUAGUUUUGAAAACAUGUGAUGCAGCUAAAAUGGUACCCAUGAGUUUGUACUACGCACGAGGGACUCAACAUACAGAUUUCAUUAUCACAGAUUUUUGAGAUAAUAAAGUUAAUUUGAAUACAGUU